AGGUUGAAUUUAUUGUGGCAACACUGAUUCUGACACAGCCGCCCUCAUAAGUACAGCAGGGUCGGACCAAAAAAAAAAAUGUCUGUGGAAGACUCUGGCUCAGACUUCCUGUCAGAUGAGAGCGACUACGAGGCUGAGGAGAAACUGGAUGAUGGUGAAACAGAUGUAGAGGAGUUCAGUUACGCAGCGAUGGUCCGCCUGCACCACAAUCUAAUCAACUUUCAAAACAUCUACAUCUACAACAUCAACGCAGUGAUAGCCAUAGAGCGGUACACUGUGGACCAGGCUAGGACAAACAGUUUCAUCAGCGGUUUGCUUUCAGAGAUGGAUGUCAGCGACGACCAUUUCUUCCUGAUCUCCAUUGAAGAUUUGAACGAGCCGUAUGAAGAUGAGGACUCCAUCUUGUCAUCAUCGUCCUCCAGCUCAUCUUCUUCUUCCUCCAGCUCGUCAUCUUCUUCCACCAGCUCGUCUUCUUCUUCCUCAGACGCUGAAGAAGGACGGAGUGAUGUAGACCAUCGGUGAAGCAAUGCAGAGGAUGAGGCUGCAGAGGACCAGCUGUGAAGAUGUCUAAUAAACACGGCCAUCCUUAUCUUUAUGGAACUGGCUUCACUGUAGGAGUCAUGGUUAGUCAUGGUUCAAAUAAAUCUGCUGCAGCAUGAUGAACACCAUCAAGUUCAGAAUGACUGCAAACUUAAUAGCUGAAGUGUUUGCAAAAAUCCCCCAAGACCUAGAUGACCAUCCAUCAGCUUGGCUAAUAAACAUGUGCUUAUCCUGAA